AUGAGUGUUAGGAAGUAGUUUGGAGCGUUAGGGGGAAGACUAAAGAGGCUCGCGGUGCGAGUGCGCGAAAUAUCUCUAAGUCCAAAAGGGGUCCGAGCGGCGCGCGGCUGGCUAGGCUGGGCGCGGGCUGGAGAUCGACCUAAGCAAGAGUGUAUGGAAUUCAACAAAAACUUGGCUAGCCGAGGUUGAACUCGAGACGGGUGUGACGCUGAAGGUCCUCCGAACCGACAACGGUGGCGAAUACUGUUCAAGAGCGUUCACAGAGUUCUGCAAGGCACGAGGCACCCGUCGACAAUACUCUAUCCCACGCACGCCUCAACAGAACGGUCGUGCAGAGCGGGUCAAUCGUUCCAUUGUCGAAGGCAUCCUUGCCCUCCUUGUCGACGCCCACCUACCCAAGACAUUCUGGGAGGAGGCUGCAGCUUAUUUCGUUUACUGCAAGAACCUGUGUCAACACGCGGCCCUGGACAAGGCAACACCAAACUCCGUCUGGCAGGGUGACCACACCACUGCCUCGGCGCUUCACCCGUUCGGCUGUACAGCUUGGCUUACUGUCAGGAUCACAGCCUGCACUGCCAUCAAUACUCGAAGGAAGUAUCCCAAGUUUGCGGCCGGAGUCGACAUCAGCUACCGGUUCGUUCGUUGCAAGCAUCGUGGGCGCGAUGGCGUAGUCGUGAGGGCACGCGGGCGCGCACUCAGUGGUCGAGGGUUCGAUCCGCCCGGAGCGCGAUUGGCCUUUUGGUUUCUUUUCCUUUUUGUUAUCCGAGGCCCGGCUUCGGGGUUUUUACCGGUGCCUUGCGGGCAAUCCUUUUUACCCCUGAAGCGACCUCGUGGUGUAGUUAUUUGACUCAGUCUUUCCUUCACUCGGAGCACUUCCCUCCCUUUGCUUUUGCCACCUUUCCCCCAGAGCUUGGUCAACUCUUCUAGACUCGUACCCUCCCUCUUUUUACCCAUUUCGCUGGCAAUUAAGUCCGUUACACUUGAUUUGCUGCGAAGCCUUCCGACCGAAUCCACUCCUCGGUCGCUCUCGGUCGACUUCCGCCGCCCAGCCGACUCGACCUUCCCAUCGGCCUGGUCAGCUAUUUCUUGGAUCGUUUGCCCUCCCUCUUCUUUCCGACCUCAUUGGCUACCAUAGUCCGGUACACUGGACUUGCUGCGAGCCUUGCAACCGCAUGUCCUCCGCGGUUGCCUCUCGGUCGACACCCCUUUCGCGUGCUCUCUCGCUCUCUCCCUCGUCUCUCGCGUGUAGUCAUCGUCAUCCCCUCCGACGUUGCCUGUCACUUACGGUCGCGCCCGAACUUCGCUCCAAACUCGACCCGAAGGCGGUUCGCGUUCUUUUCACCGGCUACGACCUGGCUUCAAAAGCCUUUCGCUUCUACGACACUACGACACAGAAGAUUAUACUUGGCAGAAAUGCCACGUUCCUCGACACUGAAUUCCCCGGAUUACAUGACGACCCCACUGAGCAAGACGACGACACGCACUUCGUCAGCGCUCCCACCACCGAAUCUCAAGCCGUUGUCAAGACAUGGACCCCACUAGUAAGGUCGGCGCACAUGGACGUCUCAUCCCCCCUUGAUGAUUCUGCCAUGAGCGCCGUUGACGUGGCCCCAGGGUACACUGGCGGAACCUUACUUAACUUCACAGAUGCCGAAUCGUCCUCGUCACCGUCGCCUGCGCCAUCGCCUGCACUUUCACCAUCGUCGGCUGCGUCAUCGUCACCCUCGGUCUUACCGACCGACUCUGAAGACUCCGCCAUAUGAGACGAUCACCACUACUGUCAGGAGAGGUUGAGAGUCGAACAGAAGUGAUGAGAAGGAAGCUAAGAACAGAAAGGGGGCCACGCUGGGAUAGGCCCAGGCGCGUGACAAUGUACAUCCCUAAGUCAGCCGCGGGUGAAAUCGCCGGGCGCGCCUAA